AUGAGUCAUCACUUUCUCACGAACCACAACUACUCCGUGCAACCAAAAUCAUCAUCUUCGCCGAGUAAGAUCAUAAACACUAUUAAAAGCACCACCACGCCUACGACGAAUAAAAGGAAACACUCCUGCUACUAUCCAACGACAACCACCAUGGCUUCGGCAAAAAUUGGACCGACGCAAAGUCCGUUACUCGCGAACCAACCGAAAGAUACCAUCAAUUUAGCCGUGGGGCAUCCGAUGCACUCGGAGCUACCGAAUAAGAUCAUAUCCGACGCUUUGAAGAGAUGCGGAUCGAAGUUGAAGCACAAUCAGUUAGAUCUGAACUAUAUUCCCUCGGAAGGACCAACUGGAGCCGUGGAAGAGUUGUGCUCGUUCUUGAGAAGACAAUAUAAAGAAGAGGAAAAGGAAGAGGAAAUGAGAGUAACAGGAUAUCAAGCAAAAACAGAGCAAAAUGAAAACGACGAGACGAAGAUGCAAAGCAAGGCGGGGACGACGACGACGACGACGUCAGCGACGACGGCGACGAAAAACGUGUUGCAACCGGAAGAUCUAUUCUUUACUUCGGGCGUAUCGCACGGCAUCGAAAUGGCGACGUCGAUAUUAGCGAAACCGAACGAUAUCGUCGUAUGCGAGAAAGCGACGUACUUCUUGGCAACGAAGAUAUUCGAAGACCACGAUAUGGAAAUAACGACGGUGAAAAGUAACGAAUUCGGUUUGGACGUGAAUGCGCUGAAGAUACGAUUGGAAGAAGGGGACACGUUUAUCAACCCAAUCAACUCUAUUCUCGAGAACGUCGGCGCGACGCCGAGGAAGAAACGAAAAGUUUUGUUUCGACCAAAGUUGGUAUACAUCGUGCCAACGCAUUCGAAUCCGCAAGGUGUGACGAUGCCGCAAAAAGCGCGAGAGGAGUUGGUAAGACUCGCGCAUGAAUAUAAGUUCCACAUCAUCGCCGACGAAGUGUACCACAUUCUGAGCUGGUCGAAAGAGCCUUUGCCCGAUCGAUUUUGUAAAGUUGAAAGAAAAUACUUGGCAAAAAAUCCGGAAGAAGCUAACGGAGAUUUUCGAGCGGUUGUUUCUGUGUCUAGUUUCACUAAAAUUCUCGCGCCGGCGUUACGAGUCGGUUGGAUUGAGACCGCGGAUUCUGUCAUGCGAGGGAAAUUUUCAAAGCGAGGGUACAUUAUUUCCGGUGGCAACUCCGCUGGAUUUUCUGCAAACGUAGUGUGUGAAGCAAUCAAGCAAACCGAAACGGAGGCAUUCAUGAACGAUUUGAAGGGUUCUUACGCCAGUCGUUGCGCGGUUUUGUGCAACAAACUCGAACGAGAAGGAUGCGGAUGGGAGUUUGAGAAACCGUCGGGAGGCUAUUUUGUCUGGAUAAAACUUCCGGAAGGCGUGACGAGCAAAAGUUUAGAGCCGUACGCGCAGCAUUUAAAAGUUGCCUAUUUAGCCGGUGAAAGAUGUUCAGCCAACGAUGCGUGUAAAGAGGAUUUAGAGAGAUACAUUCGGUUAUGUUUUGCGCAUUUGAGCGCCUCGGAAAUUCAAGAAGGCGUUUCAAAACUCUCCGAAGCCGUCUUACGCGUCAUGAGUUUCCAGGACGUAGAGAGUAAACGGUUGGGCGAAGAUUGA